CCCGAGGAGCGGCAUUCCCGGCUGCCGCUAUCCAGCCGGGGGCAGCGGGACGGCGCGGAUGCUGCACCGGGAGCCGCGGGGCCGCCGGGGCUGAAGGCUCCCGCUCGCAGCCUCCUCUUCCUCGGGUGGUUUUCCCUUCCCUCCUCCUCCUCCCCCCGCUGCAUUUCCUCCUGCACCUUUAAGAAGCCCAUUGCCGCCGGUGGGAUGGUGUGUGCUAAAGCUGCACAGAGGAAGUUACGCAGCCGGGAUCAGGCACGGAGAUAAAAGCUCCGAUUGUGAUUGAAAGUGAGAGCAAAAGGGAUUUCAGCCUCGGCAUUAACUUGCGAGGGGAGCCGGGAUUGCACAAAGCUCCCCCGGCCAUCUGCCCUUGGGGGCCGGCGGCGCAGCGCUGCCGGCAGGGCUGGGCAGGGCAGGGCUGGGCAGGGCAGGGCAGGGCAGGGCUGGGCAGGGCUGGGCAGGGCAGGGCUGGGGGUGUUCUGGGGGUUCCCCCGGCCCCGAAGUUGGCUGCUCCGCCGGGAGCCCCGCGCCGCAGAGCUCGCUCCCGGUCCCUUCUGCUGAUGAGCUCUGCCUUUGCCCUGACCAUGAAAGAGAGAGGAGACCCCAGGUAGCCCCAUGGAUUGCAGCUGAAGGUUUUGGGAACUUGGUGCUCCGUUGCCAAAAGGCAGAAUUGGACAGGAAUCCUCGCCACCACCGCAGGACACAGCGGGAGAAGCCAAAGCCAGCCCUGCCCCAGUCACCCCAGUGACCACCCAGCAGCUGCUGGGACCACCACGGGUCUGGGCACCGACCUGCUCACGCUGACACAACCAUCCUUUGGGAAAAAGGAAUUUCAGCUCCGAGCUCCAAGCAGUCUCUCUUGUCAGAGUUGUACUGAUGGCCAGAUGCUCUAUUUAUUUUAUGUGCUAAAUGUUCUAACACCCCAGUAAUUAAGGCAGACACAGUUUAAGGCACUUUCCACAGCAACGCAGUUGGAGCAGAGCAGAAGGUUGAGGAAAACCUGAUCCAGCACCAUCUCACGGCCUCUCCAAUUUACUCCUAUCAAAUUUCAUCAGCAACUCAGAACUUGAUCUUUGUAUUGAUUGACUGGAGUCACCUCUAGAUGUUUUCAUGCUGAUUUGGAAGACCUUUCGUACAAUAAAAGGGGGAAAAAUGAGGUUAAGGAAGACUUUUGACCACUGAUCAGCAACUCUGGCCAAAACUUUCCCAAUCAAGUGAAUUGCUAAGUCGGCUUCCGUGCCAAGAGGAACUUUCCAGGUCCAGCGUGCAGAGUGGGAUCAUCCCUGUUCCUGCGUGGAUCUCCUUCGAGUGGAGCAUUUUUAGAUGAGGAGUUUCCAUGCUGAUCCCGAGAGCCACCCCUAGCCCAGCCGCCGCCUUCCUCGGGACUCCCGGCGCUGCCCUCGCCCAGGGCGCCCGCGCCUGGCCGCAGCUGCCAUGCUCUACCUGGCUGCUCUCCUCGUGCACUGCGUGCCCCUGGCCAUGGCACAGUAUGACAUUUGCAAGUCCUGGGUGACCACGGACGAUGGCCCCUCAUGGGAGUUUUAUGCGUGCCAGCCCAAGGCCAUGCGGAUGAAGGAUUACGUGACCGUGCGGGUGGACCCGGCAGGAAUCACUUGUGGGGACCCUCCGGAGAGGUUCUGCACCCAUGAGAACCCGUACCUGUGCAGUGACGAGUGCGACGCCUCCAACCCUGACCUGGCUCACCCGCCCAAGCUGAUGUUCGACAGCGAGGACGAGGGCCUGGCCACCUACUGGCAGAGCGUGACCUGGCGCCGGUACCCAGAGCCACUGCUGGCCAACAUCACCCUGUCCUGGAACAAGAGCAUCGAGCUCACCGACGACAUCGUCAUCACCUUCGAGUACGGGCGCCCCACCAUCAUGAUGCUGGAGAAGUCUCUGGACAACGGGAGGACUUGGCACCCGUACCAGUAUUAUGCAGACGACUGCAUGGAGGCCUUCAGCAUGCCAGCAAGGAGGGUCCGGGACCUCUCCACCACCAGUGCCAACAGGGUCCUCUGCACCGAGGAGUAUUCCCGCUGGGCGGGCUCCAAGAAGGAGAAGACCGUCCGCUUUGAGGUGCGGGAUCGCUUCGCCAUCUUCGCCGGCCCCGACCUCAAGAACAUGGACAACCUGUACACGCGGCUGGAGAGCGCCAAAGGGCUCAAGGACUUCUUCACCGUCACCGACCUGCGCAUGAGGCUGCUGAGACCUGCCCUAGGGGGCACCUACGUGCAGAGGGAGAACCUGUACAAGUAUUUCUACGCCGUCUCCAACAUUGAAGUCACCGGCAGGUGUAAAUGCAACCUCCACGCCAACCUGUGCACCUUCAAAGAGGGCAGCCUGCAGUGCGAGUGUGAGCACAACACCACGGGCCAGGACUGUGGCAAGUGCAAGAAGAACUUUCGCUCCAGGUCCUGGCGAGCAGGCUCCUACCUGCCUCUCCCCAACGGGUCCCCCAAUGCAUGUGCAGCUGCAGGCUCAGCCUUUGGCACGUACGAGCGGCCGCAGCGAGUAAACACUGCAAAAACCACCACGGCUAAAACCACCACUGCAAAAACCACCACGGCUAAAACCACCACUGCAAAAACCACCACCACCACCUCAACCACCACCUCAACCACCACCACAGCCACCACCACCACCAGCAGCACCCCCCUACCAGCCACCACCACCCAGCCAGCAAGCAUCAUCAGACCAGCCUCUGAGUUUGCUGCCUCAGUGCCCGUGACAGAGCCACAGAACAACCCAGGGGGGAUCUGUUUUAAAUCUGAUGUUCUCUCUGAUGGCCCACCAAACACAGCAGCACUUGGAGAGAAGCUGAAGCCACCAGAGCCUCCUGAGAGCAUGAGAGCGGCUCCGAAGAGCAAACCAGGGCGCACAGCACACUCUGCAGGCAAGAAGCACAAGAAAAAGACAGCAUCCUCAAAGAGCUCAAAACUCAUCCGGCUCAAACCAAACUCUGGCCCAGUGGCUCCCAUUGAAACAUACAAAGACUGCGAGUGCUACGGCCACUCCAACCGCUGCAGCUACAUCGACUUCCUGAACGUGGUGACCUGCGUGAGCUGCAAGCACAACACGCGGGGCCAGCACUGCCAGCACUGCCGCCUGGGCUUCUACCGCAACAGCUCCGCCGAGCUGGACGACGAGAAUGUCUGCAUAGAAUGUAACUGCAACCAGAUCGGCUCCAUGCACGACCGCUGCAACGAGACCGGCUACUGUGAGUGCAGGGAAGGCGCCACGGGGCCCAAGUGUGACGACUGCCUGCCCAACUACUACUGGAGACAGGGCUGCUUCCCCAACGUGUGCGAUGACGAGCUCCUGCUCUGCCAGAACGGCGGCACCUGCUACCAGAACCAGCGCUGCAUCUGCCCCGUGGGCUUCAAGGGCGUGCUGUGCCAGCAGUCCCGCUGCGAGGCGGACAAGCAGGACUGUGACGGUGCCCCCGGUGCCCGCGGCAGCCCGGCCGCCCUGGCGCUGGCCAUGCUCGCCCUGCAGCUGCCAGGCUGGGUGGAUCUCUGAGGCUGCGCGGCGAGCCCAGCCCGGGGGCCUGGCGACACCGAGGGGACGGGUGGCCGUCCCCAGCGCCUCCUCCUCCGCCUUCCUUCACGCUAGGACUUGCACAACGUCUUUGGGGCCACUUUCCAAGCAGAGAGGUACGCAGGGAGCCCGGCGCUGGGUGCUGCCAAACCGGGGGUCCGUGCCCGGUGGGGACACGGGGACAGCAGCAGCGACAUUCUGUGUGGGACAUGGGGACAGCAGCAGCAUUCUGUGUGGGACACAGGGACAGCGAUAUUCUGUGUGGGACACGGCCUGUCUGCCCUCCUGGCACAGGGACCUGUCCUGCUCCGCACAGGGCGGCCCAGGGUUCCAGAACAGUGCCGCGAUCCGAGGGAUGGUUUUUUUAAUUCUUACUUUCUUUACUUUGGUAUAGGCCGGGGUGGUGUUUUCAUUUUCCCUCCUCUCAGCGUCCUGGUUUGGGAGAGCCUGUGGUGCCAAGAGCGGAGCCCCAGCACGCAGGGGACAGGAGGGAGGGGAGAGGGGACUCCGGUCCAUCCCUGCUGCAAAUCCCACACCCCACCACGGGCCCGGCCUGGCCACGCACAUGCUGUUGCCUACGACUGUAGUUGCUGCAUUGAUUUUGUAUUUUCAUGGCUGGGUUUUGUUUUCUUGCACUGAUGGAGAACACAGGGGCCGUGAGGCGUUCGGAGCGUGAGGAGUGCAGUGUCUUAUCCACACAUGUCCGUAUGGUGUACGGGUCAAAUUCUUCUUUUGGUAGAGACUUAUUUUUGUUUGGAUUAAAUGUUAUAACAGAACCACGACCUAAAGGGACAUUUUAUCAUGAGCAUUUGAUUCUGGUGUAUCCUCCUCCAGUAAAGCAACUAUUAAUGGCUGCUUGAUCACCACGUUUUCCUUUUUGUGUGCACAGUUAAUUACAGGUAAAGACUUAUUUUUGGA